AAUAACAAAGGAAUGAACUACGAUAUAAGACAGAAAACUCAUGACAAAAGAAACAUGACUUCUUUAUCCUGCCAUAUCUUAGCAAUAAAAAUGUUGAUUGAUAUUUGAUCAUAAAUCGCAGAAAAAUCAGUAUCUACCAUUUAGUAUACUAAUAAAUGAUUUUUGUUGCAAAAAAAUCAAGUAUACUAUUGUCACCUUUAAAAAAAAAAGAAUUAAAUGAUAUCAGCGUAAAGUUCGACUUUGUUAAAACUUAGAUACAUAAUUAUUAUGGUUUUUAACCAUUAGUCUGCUGGCAGCAAGUGAUUUUGCCUUUCCGACCAGUGCAGACCAAGAUCUGCCUGAACAUCCAUGCAGUCUGUUUUUAGUAAACACCACUUCGAAUAGUAAAUGGUAUUGUCCAAAUUAAAUGAUGAACCAGUCCAUUAUAGAAAUUUAGCAGUCUAAGAGAUAAAGAAAAGAAGGACGUUAGAAGUUUUGAUCGGUAUACGAAUAGAAUAAUGCACUACUAGAAAACUAAAAUAAAAGAAAGAAAAAAAAACACAUGUGAAUAUAUUCUGUUAAACUGUUUAUCAUUAUUUGUAUGACUUAGUUGAUAAAAUAACACAUGUAUACGUUUUUUCUCUUUAGCAAAAAUAUUUUUAAAAGCAUAUAUGCGUACGGAAUAUUACGAUUAAUUUAAAUGACCUUCUUUCCUCCCUUUAAGCCAAUAUCGGGUUUCGCCUUUAAAACGACAACGCGUAACAUGAAGAAACACAAAACAAUGGUGCCUGUCAAGCGGUAGAAUAAUUUAAAAUAAAGGAAAAAGGUAAUCAAAAUUUAACAAAAUCAAUAGAAAUUUAAAACACUGUUACUAAAAUCUACCACUAAAAGGAUUUCAAAUCGGUGAGAAAAAAACUUGUGACAGCUUUUUCUUCAGAUGCAAAUCUUUGCUUAGUUGAGAAGUAUGUCUAGUAUAGCAAAAAUUCUAUGCACUCCAUGUGUAAGAGAAGAUAAAAAUGUGGACGCUGUUAAAUACUGUGUUGAAUGCAAUGAAAAUUUCUGUAGAUCAUGUUUAAGACAGCACAUUAAACAUUUCUCGAGCGUUUCGCAACAUCAUAAAUUUCUGAACAGAGAUGAGAUGCCAGAGUGGCUUUCAGCGCCUCCAAAGGAAGUGGAAAAUAAAUGUACAAGGCACCCAGAUAAUCAGCUGGACUCCUAUUGUGCGGACCACGAUUUAGUAUGUUGCGGGGCGUGCGUGGUGAUCGAACACAGUUCAUGUGAACAUGUAAAAGACUUAUUUUCAAUCGGCGAUGAAGAUGAACCAAAGUCAGAAGUAGAAGUUCUCCUCAAAAAUCUACAGCUAAUGAUCGACAGAUUGAAAGCUCUAAAAGAAAGUCGAAGAAAAGACCAGUCCAACUUGAGAAAGUCUACAGCCGAAUCUUUGCAAUGUGUUCGUGAUUUUCGUCAGAAAGUAAACGAAAUAUUUGACGACCUAGAAAAAAAUGCUGUCGAAGAAAUUGAUACUGAAUGUAUACGAGAAGAUGAUAUCAUUGAAUCAGAUAUAAAACAGACUGACGAUUCGAUAGUUUUAUUAGGAAUGGCUAGUAAGCAAAUUAGAGAUUCGGAAGAACAGUCUGACAAGCCACAAAUAGAAUCUAGUUUAAAUAUCGUAAAUGGAAGGAAACUGUUAAAAGAUAUGAAACAUGUGUGUCAAGAGUUACAGGAUAAAAGAAAUGUCCAAAUGAUCAAUUUCAACGUCAAUCAACAAAUCGUGAAGUACAUAUCUGCUUUGACCAGUAUUGGAACAUGCAAAAGACAGUCUGGUAGAAAGAAUGAACCUCGACCCAAGAUGACCAGUUAUCGAGUGGAUGCUGAAUCAGACGAUGCAAUAUGCGAUAUCCAAGACGUUGUUCAGACCGGCUCUGGGACAUUUCUUAUGUUAGAUGCUGAAAAUAAGAAAAUAAAGCUCUUUGAUGAAGCUCUCAAUGCAAUCAAAUCGUUUGACUUGAUAGGUGACAACAAAGAUGGGACUACUAAACAGUACACAUAUGAACCAUUCGCCAUAUGCUACACCACUGAUAAUCAAAUUGCCGUGUCAAUGGUUCGGGAUAAAGUUAUAAACCUGUACAACAUCGGAGAUGUGCUAGAAACGGCAAAUGAAAUUGAUGUGGGUGAAUACUGUCGUGGACUUGCAUACAGCGCAGAGAAAGAGGAAAUCUACGUUGCUUGUGGUGGCGGAUCAUACGCCGGAGAAGGUCUUGGACAUAUACGUAUCUAUAGUAUAAAGGGAGAGCUGAUGAGAGCAUUUAAGAAAGCCCAAGAUGGAAAAAUACUUUCGCCACAACCAAUGCAUCUUGCUUUCAAUAUUGACGAAUCAAAAAUAUGCAUAGCUGAUAAUUAUAAAGGUGUCAUUGCGGUCGAUACAGAGGGAAAGAUGCUGUCAACCUUUACGGCACCGGAAUUGGCAGAGCCACGUGGCAUUUGCGUUGACGUCAAUGAUGACGUCAUUGUAUGCGGAUAUGUCUCAAACAACGUUCUCAGAGUACACGGCGAUAUGAAAACAUACGACAUAUUAGUAACAGAAUCGGAUGGAAUAAAAAAUCCCCAGGCACUUGAAUACAUGGUGAUGUCAUCAAAAUGCUUAAUGGCCUCAAACUGUAUGAAUACGAUUCAUGUUUUUGAUAUUUAAAUACAUAACAAAACGUUUUAAGAAGCUAUAUCUUAAUUGAAAUCACUUGACCCUCAUCGAUGUGGGUUCUAAACACCGCUUGGGGUGUAGAAUUCUUCAUGUGAGAAAGUCAUCCAGCUGGCGAACAGGUCAGCGGUCUAUUAAGUACUCGCCCAUGCCUUUAACAAUGUCUGUAGGGGCAUUUUGUGUCUUCACUGAAUUGUCAGCCAUCUGCGACGUAUGGCGACUUUAUCUCAGCUGACUGCUCGUUUUAAGUAAUUUCGUUACGAUGACGAUGUAAGACAGGUGUUUCUUUCACACAAAUCUCGGGCUUCCGGUGAUUUUACCUAUGCCAGAAAAUAAACUCAUCUGACAUCCCCAAUGCGAAAGACUCUCUUAUAACGAACUACAUUUAAUAUUUUAGAAGCCUCUUCGAUAUCGUUGCCUAUGAAAACCGUUCUUUGCACGCGGCGUUAGAAUGUUCGCUGUUCAAAAUUACUGCUAUAAUACAUAAAACUAUGAAUUCUAAAAACCGGACACAAAGAAUCCUCUGAAUAUCGGCGAUGAGUGUCAAGCUUUUGUAUAUAGUCACUUUGAUCUCACACGGAUAUUUUUGUUUACCAAUUAUCCAUAACAAAUGUUACCAUAGCAGGGCUGAAAGAAAUUUAUCUGUAUGUUUAAGGUGUGCAUGUUGUUAAUUAUUAAAGUAUCAUUUUAAGUGACAUUAAAAAAAGAGAUUUUUAUAUAAAAUGAUUUGUUUAGUUAUU